CUUUUGCUUGUUCUCUAUCUCUCUCACUCAGCUGAAGAAGAAAAAAGAUGCGAGCGAUUCAUAUGCGAUUGAGCUCGAGCUUUAGGCCUAUUCUUCUUCUUGACUUCGUUGUUUCUUGUUCGCCUCCUCCUCGCCAGUUCUCUAUCCCUAGGCGCCUAAUCUGUGCCGCCGCCAAUGGAGGAGGCAGGUCAGGUUCGAUUGUGGCGGCUCCGUUGGUUGUGACUGAAGAAGACUUUCAGAAGAAGAUCGAUGUCAAUCCUCCUAAAGGAACUCGUGAUUUCCCUCCUGAGGAUAUGCGACUCCGCAAUUGGCUCUUCAACCACUUCAAAGAGGUCUCACGGUUAUAUGGGUUUGAGGAAGUGGAUUAUCCAGUACUGGAGACGGAGGCAUUGUUCAUCAGAAAAGCAGGGGAAGAGAUUAGAGACCAACUGUACUGCUUUGAAGAUAGGGGAAAUCGGCGUGUAGCGUUGAGGCCUGAGCUUACACCUUCUUUAGCAAGGCUUGUCAUACAGAAAGGAAAAUCUGUUUCCCUUCCAUUGAAGUGGUUUGCUGUUGGGCAGUGUUGGCGAUAUGAGAGAAUGACUAGAGUAAGGCGACGUGAGCAUUACCAGUGGAAUAUGGAUAUUAUUGGUGUGCCUCAAGUAACUGCUGAAGCGGAACUAAUUUCAUCUAUAGUCACCUUCUUCAAGCGAAUUGGAAUCACUGCAUCAGAUGUGGGUUUUAAGGUUUCAAGCCGCAAGAUAGAAAAUAUUCCAAUUGAUGAAAUAAAAAAGGAACUUGGGUUCACGGGAAUGUCAGAAGAUGCUAUUGAACAGUUACUGCAAGUGCUUUCUGUGAAGUCAUUGGAUGAUUUGGAAGAUAUACUUGGUGGAGCAGGAGAAGCCAUUGCAGAUUUGAAACAACUCUUCUCACUUGCUGAAAAGUUUGGUUAUUCAGAGUGGAUACAGUUUGAUGCAUCUGUUGUGCGCGGUCUUGCUUAUUACACUGGUAUCGUCUUCGAGGGAUUUGAUCGAAAAGGGAAGCUGCGAGCUAUAUGUGGUGGUGGGAGAUAUGACAGAUUACUCUCUACUUAUGGAGGUGAUGACAUUGCUGCUUGUGGUUUUGGUUUCGGCGAUGCUGUAAUUUUUGAAUUGCUCAAGGAGAAGGAUUUGUUACCAGAACUGGGACAAGAAGUAGAGAACAUAGUGUGUGCUUUGGACAAAGAUCUCCAAGAAGCUGCAGCCACCGUAGCAACCGCUCUCAGAGACAAAGGCCAAACCGUUGAUUUGGUAUUGGAGAAUAAACCGCUGAAAUGGGUGUUCAAGAGGGCAGCUCGGGUAAACGCAAGAAGCUGGGAAGAUGGUUCGGUCAGUGUGAAGGUGUUGUCUUCAGGUGAGCAGUUCCAAGUCAAACUCAGUGACUUAGAGUAGUAUCUAAAGGCUUUUAUUAACAUGAACCAUUGUUUCAUUCUCCUUACUCCUUACUAUAGUAAAAGAAGCAAUAAUCAUUCAAAUCUCUUAAUCAUCAAAGUAUUGAAUUAUUGAUUUGGGAUUCGAUUUAUGGAUCGAAUAUAAUUUGAGUAACCAUGUUUAAAAAGCUAAGUAAUCUUAUUAUAUUAUCAGGUAUAAGAAUAA